CCCCCAUUCUCUCUCUCGCUCUCUCCUCUUUCGCUUUGUGUGUAAAACCCAGAACCAGCAAUGGUGCACAAGCCAAGCAGAGCUUUGGUGUUGUACGGCGAUGGGUUGGCCUACUUCGUCCAUUCAUCUCAUGCCCAUAUCCACUCUCUCGCAUCCAAAGCUGCCUGCGGCUUCUUGAGCCUCCCCAGUGCCCCGCCCUCAGGUUUCACUCACUCUCAUCCAUCUUCAUUGCUCCUCGUUUAUUCCUUUAACUCAUUCUUCAAUUCACCAAAUGAAUUUCCCCAAUCUUAUGAUCUUUACAUGUAUAUGUAUAUAUUAGUAUGGUAGGCGUAAUGGGUACUAGCUUCACCAUUUUAGGUGAUGAUUACUACUCACAGCUUGGUAGAGUAUUUUAAUAUGAUAUUGUUUGAUUUUGAAGUCUUCUGUUCUUGAAUUGGGUUGCUUGUAUUGUUGGUUAGUAAAUUAAGCUUCUAUGGAUUUUUAUUAAUUUUCCAAUUGUGUUGGUGAGAUGAAAUGCAUGUUCAAUUUCCAUUACAUUUUUUUGGUGUAUAAUUCGCAUCAUCCAACCUUUUCAUUGGGUUCAAUUAUGAACAUAUGGGUUGCUGUACAUAAUCCAAUGCUUUAUUUAUUAUUCAAAAGCUCUGUGUAUUCUGUUGAAUUUGAACUAGUAUCGUGGCUUGAUGUAAUUGAUGCUUGCACUGAAACUUUAAAGUUUGCUUUCUUUCAUGUUUCUGGUUAUUUGGACUUAAUUGGAUUUAGAUUGCAGAAAGCGAGGAUGAGAGGAUAGUCAGGGAGAUUACAAAUCUGCUGUAUGCAUAUGAAGCUUGUCAAGACAUGGUAGGAUGUCUAAAUAUUUUUUGAAAUAAGACAGGGCCAUUUGUUGAUAACUUUUACUGAUAGUUAUUGUUCUUGAUUUUGUUAAGAGUGUUGAGAAGAGUACAUUGAUACCAACUGUGUAUCAGAGGUACUGGCUGUCUCAAUUUUUUUUUUUCUAGUCAAUUAGCAUACUUCAUAAUCUCACUUCAGGUUCAUGGGAACGAAGGCUGCUAUUAUCACAAAUAGUCCUUGCUUGAAACCUUUUGGCAGAAAACUUGGCUUCACUGUGUUGCAAUUCAGUGAUUUAAAUGGAAAUGAUAGUUCACUUUCUGGAACAUCAGUUGAUUGUGUGACCUCUGAGUUACUGAAGUUGCUUGGAUUUCAAGAGGGUGGGACUAUAGAGACGAGUCAAUUUGAUUUUGUACUUGUGCACAUUGGGGCUGGUGAAAGAGUGAAUAGUGAGAGAGGCAGUGAUGUUAUAAGUGAUGCAGAAUAUGUAAAUGCUUUGGUAGGUGGUGUAAUGAACACAGCACAACCUAGUUCAGAAAUUAGUUCCCGCCUGCACUUGUCUCUUGUAAUGAGCUAUGGAAAUGUCAGAGAGAUCGGUACCAAUUUAUUAGUUCUGGCUUCUAAAUGUGAAAUGAACUCUGACCUUUCGAUGCUUGCCCCUUGUCAAAGUUACACAAUGAAAGGAGAAAAGCCACGGACUGGUGUUAGGCACCAUUCUCCAAUGCUAAUUGCUCAGUGGCAGUAUGCUGUGACCCGCAUGGAUGCGGCAGACAUUUUCUUUUAUAGAUUUUAAAGAGCACGGUGGAAAUGGCAUGAUACCAGCUGACAGAUUUAUGCAUGAGGUCGCAUUCAAGGUUUGGAAGGACCCCCGAAUAUGGAGCAUAGGAUGUCAAUCUGCUAAGGAAAUUUGGGAUAAGCUUGAACUCACUUAUGAAGGAACUGAUGUCGUCAAAGAGUCCAAAGCAAACCUUCUUAUUCGAGAUUAUGAGCUAUUUGAAAUGAAGGCAGGAGAAUCAAUUGUGGAUAUGAGUACAAGGUUUGCCGAUCUUGUAAAUCUUCUCAAAGCACUUGGUAAAAAAUUUGAGGAAGCUGAACUUGUGAAGAAAAUUCUUAGAUCACUUUCAAAAUCUUGGGAAGCAAAAACAACAGUUAUCCAAGAUACCAAGGAUCUUAAAACAUUCACCUAUGAUGAACUCAUUGGAUCUCUCAUUGCACAUGAGAUGGUAUAUAAGAAAGAUGAAGUUGAAAAUGAGUAAAAGAAGAAAAAAAGCAUUGCUCUCAAGUCAAACAAGGAUGAAGAUAAGAAGAAAGGAGUUGCAUUCAAAGUUGACUCAAGUGACAACUCAAGUGCUUCAAGUGAUGAUGAUGAUGAAAUGGCUAUGCUUGCAAGAAAAUUCAAAAGAGCUUUCAAGAAGGGAGGAAGCAAAUACAAGAAAUUCUUGAAAAUGUAUACUCCCUAGGAUAAACAUUUCAGAGAUUCAAAAGAAGAAGUUGUAUGUUAUGAGUGUCACAAACCUGGACAUAUCAAGCUCAAAUGUCCAUUACUCAAAAAGAAGAAAGGAAAAGAAGAUAGAAGCAAGAAAGCUAUGAUAGUAGUUUGGAGUAACAGUGAAGAAUCUUCAAAUGAUGAAUCAAGUGACAAGGAGACUGCUCUUCUUUGUAUGAUGGCACUUGAAGAGAAAGUUGAGAGUUCACAAAAGGAAGAAGAAAGUGACAAUGAGGUAUGUUUCAAAGGGAUGAAGGAAAGUGAAAAAUGGUAUAUAGAUAGUGGUUGUUCAAAGCACAUGACUGGUGAAAAGGACAAGUUUUCAAAAAUCACAAUGAAAAAUGGAGGAUAUGUAAAAUUUGGAGAUAAAGGAAAAGGAAAAAUAAUUGGAAAUGGCACAAUUAGAACCAAACCUUGUAUUGAAGAUGUGUCGCUUGUUGGAGGAUUGAAAUACAACUUGCUAAGUGUAAGCCAACUUUGUGAUAAAGGUUUUGAGGUAAAGUUCACUUCUUCUCUAUGUACAAUCAAUAACUUAGAUAAUGACACAUUGUUCAUUGCCAAUAGAUCCAAUAAUGUUUACUUGCUUGACAUGAAUAAUUUUGAAAUAAAUCAUGGUACAUGUCUAGUAUCUUUUGAUAAUUCUAGUUAUUUGUGGCAUAGAAGACUAGGUCAUGCAAGCAUGCAUACACUCUCAAAAUUGUCUAAG